AUGGGACACGAAAACAUCACAGAAUUUAUCCUCUUGGGACUUUUUAGUGAUGAGGACGCAAAGGUCACCUGCUUUGUGGUGUUCUCACUUUGCUACAUUGUGAUUCUGUCAGGAAACCUGUUCAUUCUUCUCACCAUCAGAGGCAGCCGCCUUCGUGAACAGCCCAUGUACUUUUUCCUGAGCUACCUGUCAUUCAUGGACGUCUGCUUCACUUCCACAGUGGCUCCCAGACUGAUCACAGACCUAUUGGCUGAGCAGAACACCAUCUCCUACGACAGCUGCCUGGCCCAGAUGUUUUAUGCCCACUUCUUUGGUGCCACUGAGAUGUUCAUCUUGGUGGCCAUGGCCUAUGACCGUUAUGCAGCCAUCUGCAGACCCCUUCACUACAUGGUCAUCAUGAACAGACAAGUAUGCUAUGUCCUUUUGAUGGCCUCGAUUCUUGGGGCAUUUCUCCAUUCAAUCCUACAGGUAUUGAUUAUUAUUGAACUUCCCUUCUGUGGCCCCAAUGAGAUAGAUCACUAUUUAUGUGAUAUUUUCCCUUUGCUGAAGCUGGCUUGCACGGACACUAGUCUGUUUGUUCUUGUGGUCAUUACCACCACAGGAAUGAUAUCCGUUGUGACCUUUGUUGCCUUGGUAAUUUCUUACAUCAACAUCCUGUCCACCCUGAGGACAUGCUCAUCCCAGAGCUGCCACAACACUCUCUCCACCUGCAGCUCACACAUCACUGUUGUGUUCUUGUUCUUCCUGCCCCUCAUCUUCACAUAUGUCCCCAUAGUUGAUUCUGUCAGUAACGACAAAGUUUUUGCCCUAUUUUACACCAUGUUUGCUCCUAUGUUCAAUCCUUUCAUCUACACGCUGAGAAACACAGACAUGAAGAAUGCCAUAAGGAAAAUGUGGUGCCGAGACACACGGUUUGAAGGGAAAUGAAGUCUCUGGAUUUCAAACCAUUGGCUGCAUCUCAUUCUAGCCACAGGAUCCUAAUGUCAGCAAAUGCAGCAAGUAGAGAGGUGGUUUGCUGUCAUCAAACGUUGUCAGAUGUGAAGGGAGAAGGUCCCUCAACUACUUCUUCCUGUUUCUUUAGUUUUCUGACCCCGUAUAAGGGGAUCAAAUCGCAUGAGUUCCAGGUCCCUUUCAGCUUUGAUAUUGUAGAACUUAUGUAUUCUGGUACUUGGUGUUCUGGAACAUUCUGUCCUU